CAGCGGGGCAGUCGUGCGCAAACAGCGUGGGACGAACAGGUUUGUGAGUUUCUUCAGCAGGUAUGUCGUUCAGCAGGUUUGUGGUUUUCCUCGCCGCCGCGUUUUGUUCCUGCUCAGUCAACACGAAACCAGGACCAGGAAGUCCUGCUGGAAGCUGCCGCAGCUCCGCGUUUCUGGAGAUUUACUGGAAUAAGUGAAGGCUUUGACAGAUGGGGCUAGUUCCAGCCAGGUGGGGCGUGGGACAGAUGAGCCUGGCAGCAGUUUGCUUUGCUGUGAUCCAGCUGCAGACGGUCCUCGGCUCCGUCACCCACAGACGCGCAGCAGGAGGUCCGGUGUUUGUGGACGGACAGUCUGCAGCGUCCUUCCUGUCCCGCUCGCUGCUGUACAACAGCUGGGACUUCGAGCUGGUGGUGCCGGGCAACCUGGAGAGGGAAUGCUACGAAGAGCAGUGCAACUACGAGGAGGCCAGAGAGGUUUUUGAAGACGACCAGAAGACGCAAGCCUUUUGGACUGACUAUGUCAACAAGCAUGAGUCUACACCAAAAGUGGACGUGUCGGGGUUGGUGGCGGGGAUCCUGGCCAUCGUGGUGACGGCCGUCAUCGCCACCGUGCUGGGAGUCUACUGCUACAAGAACAAGAAUAAAGACAGGAGAAGAGCUCCAGUGAGGAUGGCAGGAGACGGUCUUCCAGCCCCAGAGGUGGUGCCUCUGGCCGAGAUCAGCGCUCCACCUCUACCCAGCUACAACGAUGCUCUGACCCGCAGCGGACAGCAUGACGCCCCCCCACCACCGUACUCAGGGGGUGCACAAUCAGAGCCUGCAGAUCCAGGAGACCAGCAAUAAGACGCCACUUCUGUAUUCCCGACAAGCACGGAGACAGUUUGAGUCAACUUUUAAAAUACUGCAUUUUAUUUAGCACCAAAGUGGAUUAUUUCUUUAAUUAUACCGACUGGUUACUGUGGGAGACUUCCAUCAUCCACCAAGAAACUGAACCAGAGAAAACACUUAACGGGAAGAUUUUUCAGGGAAUUUUAAGACAUUUUCGGGGGAACGUCCUCCAUGUUUAGCUGCGUUGUUCAUCCCUCAGAAGCUCCAUCGUUCCCAGUUCCACCUGCUGGUAAACAGGAGGAGCGUGGUGUUUAAGUAAAGGAGGAAUUAUCUGUUAAGAUUGUUUAUAUGUGCAAGUUGAAACAAAUUAAGAAUUUCAUCCUGAUAACUGGAAAUAAGUUUUAUGACCAUUAACCCUUCAAUGUAUAGUGUCUGUACAAAACAGCUGUUUUCUAAUAUAUUCAUGACGGGGACGGAUAUUUCUACACAUGUCGUUUCAGUGGACAUGGAGUCAUCCAACACACUCACUAUAUAUAUAUAUAUAUAUAUAUAUAUAUAUAUAUAUAUAUAUAUAUAUAUAUAUAUAUAUAUAUAUAUAUAUUCCUAGGUUUAAUAAAAGCAAUCACAGAAUAUCACAGAAAUA